GGAAUAUCAAACAGAUGAUCAAGUUGACCCAGGAGCACAUAGAGGCCCUGCUGGACAAGUUUGGUGGCGAGCACAACCCACCCUCAAUAUAUCUGGAGGCCUAUGAAGAAUACACCAGCAAGCUAGAUGCCCUCCAACAAAGGGAACAGCAGCUACUGGAGUCCUUGGGGAACGGAACUGACUUCUCAGUCUCCAGCUCCGCAUCCACAGACACCGCCAUGUCCUCCUCCUCGUCCAGUCUCUCAGUGCCGCCUGCAGCGCUUACCGUUUUCCAAAACCCCACCGAUGCAUCACGGAGCAACCCCAAGUCACCCCAAAAACCUAUUGUUAGAGUCUUCCUGCCCAACAAACAGAGAACAGUGGUCCCUGCGCGGUGUGGCGUUACCGUCCGGGACAGUCUGAAGAAGGCAUUGAUGAUGCGAGGUCUGAUCCCAGAGUGCUGUGCUGUUUACAGAAUUCAAGAUGGAGAGAAGAAGCCCAUCGGCUGGGACACCGACAUCUCCUGGCUCACCGGGGAGGAGCUGCACGUGGAGGUGUUGGAAAACGUCCCACUGACCACACACAACUUUGUACGGAAAACUUUUUUCACCUUAGCAUUUUGUGACUUUUGUCGAAAGCUGCUUUUCCAGGGUUUCCGCUGUCAAACAUGUGGUUACAAAUUUCACCAGCGUUGUAGUACAGAGGUUCCACUGAUGUGCGUUAAUUAUGACCAACUGGAUUUGCUGUUUGUCUCCAAGUUCUUUGACCACCACCCAGUCCCGCAGGAGGAGGCCUCCUUAGCCGAGACUGCCCUUACGCCCGGAUCGUCCCCUCCCGCACCCCCCUCAGACUCUCUUGGGCCCCAAAUUCUCACCAGCCCGUCUCCUUCGAAAUCCAUUCCAAUUCCACAGCCCUUCCGACCUGCAGAUGAAGAUCAUCGAAAUCAAUUUGGGCAGCGAGACCGGUCCUCGUCGGCCCCCAAUGUUCAUAUCAACACAAUAGAGCCUGUCAACAUUGAUGACUUGAUUAGAGACCAGGGGUUUCGUGGUGAUGGAGCUUCGACCCCAGGCUUGUCGGCCACCCCACCCGCAUCCUUACCUGGAUCCCUCACCAACGUGAAAGCCUUACAGAAAUCUCCGGGACCUCAGCGGGAGCGCAAGUCCUCGUCCUCCUCAGAAGAUAGGAAUCGGAUGAAAACCCUUGGUAGGCGGGAUUCAAGUGACGACUGGGAGAUUCCCGAUGGACAGAUCACAGUUGGACAGAGAAUUGGAUCUGGGUCAUUUGGAACCGUGUACAAGGGCAAGUGGCAUGGUGAUGUGGCGGUGAAAAUGCUGAACGUGACAGCACCCACACCUCAGCAGCUACAGGCCUUCAAAAACGAAGUAGGAGUGCUCAGGAAAACACGGCACGUGAAUAUCCUCCUCUUCAUGGGCUACUCCACAAAGCCACAGCUGGCCAUCGUUACCCAGUGGUGUGAGGGUUCCAGCCUGUACCACCACCUGCACAUCAUCGAGACCAAAUUUGAGAUGAUCAAGCUCAUCGACAUCGCACGGCAGACUGCCCAGGGCAUGGAUUACUUACAUGCCAAGUCAAUCAUCCACAGGGACCUCAAGAGUAACAAUAUAUUUCUUCAUGAAGACCUCACAGUAAAAAUUGGAGAUUUUGGUCUUGCCACAGUGAAGUCUCGGUGGAGUGGGUCCCACCAGUUUGAACAGCUGUCUGGAUCCAUUUUGUGGAUGGCACCAGAAGUAAUCAGAAUGCAAGAUAAAAACCCCUACAGCUUUCAGUCCGAUGUGUAUGCAUUCGGGAUUGUUCUGUAUGAACUAAUGACUGGGCAGUUGCCUUAUUCAAACAUCAACAACAGGGACCAGAUCAUUUUCAUGGUGGGACGAGGAUACCUGUCUCCAGACCUGAGUAAGGUGCGGAGUAACUGUCCCAAAGCCAUGAAGAGACUGAUGGCUGAGUGCUUGAAAAAGAAACGGGAAGAGAGGCCGCUCUUCCCCCAGAUCCUGGCUUCUAUUGAGCUGCUGGCCCGCUCCUUGCCAAAAAUUCACCGCAGUGCAUCUGAACCCUCCUUGAAUCGGGCUGGCUUCCAGACGGAGGAUUUUAGUCUGUAUGCUUGCGCUUCUCCAAAAACCCCUAUCCAGGCCGGGGGCUACGGUGCGUUUCCUGUCCAUUGAAGCCACUCAGUGAGUGGG